GCCAUCAAUCCCAACUUGGGCUUCGAAGUGCAGCUACUCCACUUUGAGUCGCUCUUGGCAUCAGCACCAAAAGGACACCUCGGUGAGAAGCUGAAAUGGCUUCGAGGGAUACGAUCAGGCCUGGACAUUGCGAAGGCAAUGAAUGAGCCAGUAAGGGCGCGCCUUGCUGAGGCCAGACACCUCAACAACGAGGUGACAGCCGGCGGCGUGGCUGGUGUCAAAGAGGCAGAGAAAUGGAAGGAGCUGGGCAGCUUCUUCCACGACCUUUCCUGGUAUGGCGCGAUGCCAGAG